UGACGGCAGCUGAUGAGGUGCAGCAUCUGUCAUGGUCCUGAAACGGAUUUCGGAGUCAGACGGCUUUUCGGACGGAGUCUUUAUAAGUUUGAUUUUCGUCAUCGAUAUGCCGGUCUCGGGCCCAAGACAGCAGUAUCGUCAACGCGCGCCUCCGAACAAUCAUGAUGGAACUUUCGCAGGGACCACGUAUCUGACCCGGCUCUAAUACGUCCUUUCUUUAUUCCCAGCGCUGAUUCCUUCUCAGCUAUGGUCGCUGCCACCUCUACUGGCUUGUGGCUUGGCAAGCUCAAGUCCUUCAGUAUCGAGGACCUUUUCUCUCAGAAGCGACCGCCAGGGCCUCCAAGAACUAUUUUCGUAAACCAGGCACUCUCUGCAGAUUACAUCGACCACAAAGGGAGAGUCAAGGCCGACCAUGUGUAUAACAGCAACCAGGUCAUCACGUCCAAGUACACGAUCCUGACUUUCCUGCCACGGAAUCUAAUGGAGCAGUUUAGGCGAAUUGCGAAUCUGUUCUUCCUUGGGCUCGCUAUUCUUCAAUUCUUUCCAAAAUUCUCCACAAUAGCCCCCGGAGUCGUCAUUCUACCCUUGGUCAUCAUCCUCGGUCUGACGGCAGCGAAGGAUGGGUACGAAGAUAUCAAACGUCACCAAUCAGACAAGGCCGUCAAUCAGAGCAUUGUCAAGGUUCUGUCCGGCGGGGGCUGGCACAAUCCGAAUGCGAUGAAGUCCAAGAGCAAGACCUUCGUCCGAGGUCUCCUCUCUAGCAGGCGACAACCAACUCCGGCUCAGAUUGCGGCCGGAAACGCGGGAAACAAGAAUCAUUCAGCAACUGAUGACUUUGAUGUUGAAUUCGAUUACGACAACCCACAAGCCGGUGGUCCAUGUUGGAAGAAUACUACGUGGGAAGAUAUUCGUGUCGGAGACUUUGUCAAGCUAUCGGGCAACCACCCUUUUCCUGCGGAUAUUCUCAUCUGUGCGACGUCGGACGACGAAAAUGAAGCCUUCGUGGAAACGAAAAACUUGGAUGGGGAGACCAACCUCAAGUCCAGGAAUGCCGUCCCCGCCCUGACCCACCUUCGUGAUGCCUAUUCAUGUUCACGGACGGCUCCUUUCGAAGUACAGUGCGAUCGCCCAGAAAAUAACAUGUAUCGCCUCAAUGCCAUGGUUUCUCUGGGCGACCAGAAGGCACCUGUGGACAUUCAGAUGACUCUUUUGCGUGGAACUGUACUGCGGAAUACAGACUGGGUUAUCGGGCUCGUGUUGUUUACUGGAGAAGAUUCAAAGAUUGUCAUGAACUCUGGUAGCGCGCCCAGUAAACGAAGCAGAGUUGAGAGAAAGAUGAAUCCUCAAGUACUCAUCAAUCUCGCCAUUCUUGCCGGCGCCUCCACUAUCUGUGCCAUUGUUGAUUCUGCGCUGGAGAAGCACUAUUAUCCUAUGGGGGCACCGUGGCUAUACGGUGACGAUCAGAGCGAUGACAACCCAUCCAUCAAUGGUCUAAUUACCUGGGCAUAUGCCUUACUGACUUUCCAAGAUAUCGUUCCCAUAUCAUUGUAUAUCUCUAUCGAAGUAGUACGGACCCUACAGUCUGCUUUCAUCUACUUCGAUAAGGAUAUAUGGUACGAGAAGACCAAUCAAGCCACCUUGGCUCGUAGCUGGAAUUUGUCAGAUGACCUUGGUCAAAUACAAUAUAUCUUCUCCGACAAGACCGGGACUCUGACACAGAAUUUGAUGGUUUUCCGUCAAUGCUCAAUUGGAGGGAAAGCAUACAAAGGAGACCCCGAAGGUCACGAAGGCGACGAAGAAGAAGAUUCUAUAUUCGAGCUCAAACAGAAAGCGCAAACGGGUGCGUUCGCGUCCACUUCCACCUCCGAUCUUAGGGGGAAGGAUACGGUGUAUCGCUUUAAGGAUGUCAUUCUCCAAGCCGACAUUGAGGCUGCUAUCUCCGAGGAUGCUCCACCGGAAAGCCAGGCGCACGCUCGUGCACUGAACGGGUUUUUCAGUGUAUUGGCGCUAUGCCAUACGGUGCUUACCUCCGUUGAUCCUGAAACCGGUCGUAUCGAAUACAAGGCCCAGUCUCCAGAUGAAGCCGCUCUUGUCCAAUCUGCGGCUGACAUGGGAUAUGUCUUCUUGGGACGUGAUAAGGAAACCCUAUCAAUGCGAAGCCCGGGAUCAGAUGAACCUGAGCGCUAUGAACUGCUUAACAUCUUGGAAUUUAACAGCGCAAGGAAGAGGAUGAGUGUCGUGUUGAGGAAGUUGGAGGGCGAUGAUGACCGGAUAUUCUUAAUGACUAAAGGCGCGGAUAACGUUAUAUUCGAGCGCUUAAAAGCGGGAGGGGAUGAUCUUAAGGCGGAGACGGAGCGUCACUUGAACGAGUUCGCAAACGAGGGACUGAGGACGCUUACGUUGGCGUACAAGGUCAUUUCUACUGAUGAAUACAUAUCCUGGAGUGAACGAUACCAUCAAGCGUCUGUUUCCAUGGACGACCGUGAAGAAAAGAUAGAACAAGUUUCCGAGGAACUAGAAAGAGACCUUCGUCUCCUGGGUGCUACUGCCAUUGAAGAUCGUCUACAAGAUGGUGUACCCGAGACGAUUGCUGACCUCAAACGCGCUGGAAUCAAGAUAUGGGUGGCUACGGGUGACAAACUAGAAACUGCUAUAGCUAUCGGCCGAAGCACAAACCUAGUCGCACCGGAUUCGAACAUUAUUAUCGUACGCGGUGGAGGCGCUAAGCCCGUCGAAGAACAGAUGAGGAAUGCAAUGAAGCGCUUUUUCCCUGAAGUUACGGAUAUGACUCCUCAGGUUGACCCAAUACCACGGGAAUCAAAGUCUUUCCAGCUUGAUCGUGAUGAGAGACGCAACUCGAUCGUUGGAGAGGAUAACGGCGAACUUCCUGGUGGUUUCGUUCUGGUCGUUGAUGGAGCUGCGUUGACUCAGGCCUUUGACCAUGAGAGUAGUAAACAGCUGCUGCUUCGACUGGGAACCCUAUGUGAAGGUGUUAUCUGCUGUCGUGUGUCGCCUUUGCAAAAGGCUCUCAUCGUCCGCUUGGUGAAAGACAACUUGCGCGUCAUGACCCUCGCCAUUGGUGAUGGCGCCAAUGAUGUUAGCAUGAUUCAGGCUGCUGAUGUCGGCGUUGGUAUCUCUGGCGAAGAAGGUCUACAAGCUGUCAAUUCGUCGGAUUAUGCCAUCGGACAAUUCCGUUUCCUGAAGAAGCUCCUAUUAGUACACGGACAUUGGUCGUUCGCUCGGAACGGGACUUUGAUUCUAGCCUUCUUUUACAAAAAUAUCGUACCUAUGGGUAUCAAAUUCUGGUUCCAGAUAUACUGCGGAUGGAGUGGCACAUUCGUGUUCGACUAUGUGUAUAUCUUGUUCUGGAACUCGCUGUGGACACUACUUGCCGUUGUCGGUAUAGGUCUCUUCGACCGCAUCUUAGAUUCCCAGGUCCUCAUGGAUUUGCCGGAGCUUUAUCAUUAUGGACGUGAAAGUUAUUGGUUUUCCAUGCGGGAUUUCUACGUUUAUAUCCUCGAUGGAAUGUACCAAUCCGUUAUCAUUUACUUCCUUAUCACAUACGGGUACUUCUCACCGACCUCGCGUAGCGACGGCUAUGAUCUGCAUCUAUACGAAUACUCUACGACUAUGGCUGUUUCGGGUGUUAUGGUCGCGAAUAUAUUUACAGGGAUGGCGGCAUCCGCAUGGACUUGGUGGCUUGCAUUUGCUGUCUCUUUCGGAAUCGCCCUUGUCUGGGGCUUCACAAUGAUCUACUCAGUCAUUUCGCCAGGCUAUGCGGUCACUAAUCUCUAUGGAAAUUAUUACUUCCUCAGCGCCUCCGCAUACUUCUGGCUCGCCAUUCCCCUUACAAUGCUGCUGUCGUUGGCGCCUCGGUAUAUCGCAAAAGCGUGGAAAUUUGGGUUCCAUCCUGACGAUCUUGAUAUCAUCCGCUGGGUACGAAAGAAGGACCCCUACCGAGAUCUUACUCAUGAUUCCGAGACUCACCUUGGUAUCGGCAUGAGAGUGAUGAGAGAAAACCGAGGACGACCCACAUCCAUCAUGUCUCGUCGAUCGUCGCGGGCAAGUAGCUUGAUGACUAUCAACGAUCCCUAUCGAGGAGGAUCCAUUGACAUUCGUGCGGCUAGCCGGACGGAUAUGGCUACGGGACUCGUGUCUGUGGACCGUGGGUUCGACUUUGCGACUGAGGAAAAUGGGGUGGCAAUGAGGAGGAUCCAGACUAAUUUGUCGGAACGAAGGCAAAAUCACCUUGCGGUGCCCCCCGCCGAGCCGUCUCCGUCGAGGAAGGGCAAGCAGUCGUCAUUCUCGAAUCCAUUCCGACGCAGCAUCAAGAAGAAGUUUUCGCUCAGGCAGAGCGGGUAAUCCGAGCGCGACAUUUUUGUUUAUCUGAAGUAUUUAUUGCUUUCGUUGUAUCAAACAAUAUCUGUAUCAAUUGCUCGCAUAUUCUCUUAGAUAGUUACGCU